CGCGGGAGUUGCAAAAAAAAAAAAUUCGAAAAAUAAGUCUCAACACUGAACGGAUGGUUUUUAAAAAUGAAAAUCGCAAUUUGUGAUCGCGCGUGUGUGAAAUCAAUAUUUAAUGAAGUGUAAAAAAACCACAAAUCUAUCAAGCACUAGGUCUCAGAAAUUUAUCCGAUCGCGAAUUUCAGAGGAUAUCCCAAUUAUUGCAAUUGCCGCUGAAGAAAAAGUUCGUGCUGCAAAACGGAGAGUCGGAAAAUCAGAUAAAAAGGAAACAGUGGCGCAAGGACGUACGAAAAUAAUAAAUGGUGAUCGAGCACGAGGACGCGAAGGAACGAUUUCUCUUAGAAAAAGAAAAAGAAGAAGGAAGAAAGAAAGGGAGGACAGUGAAGAUCAAUUUGGAAAUAUAAUUGACACGUAUUUACUGUACCCACUCUAAUAUUUGCGGAGGUUUGAAACUGAUGUCCAACCGAUACGUGGCUUCGCAGCUUAGCUUCACGGUCUUCAACUGCCGAAAUCUCGCCGAGGUCUCCAUUUUGCAGUAAACUGGACCGGCAGCCGGUUCCCUCCUCAGGGACAGAGUCACUCGAAAAUGUCCAUCAGCACCCAUCUAGUCCCAUAAUUUAACCCUUGGUGGGAAUACAAAAAGAAAAGCAGCGCAAAACGUCUCUCUCUCUCUCUCUC